AUGGAAGGAGAGAAAGAAGGAAUUGGUGGGAGGAAGAGGGAUCUGGAAAGAGAGAGACAGAUGGAAGGAGAGAAAGAGGGAAUUGGUGGGAGGAAGAGAGUUGAGGAGAGAUGGAAUGAGAGCUGGAGGAGAGAGAGGGGUAACACCCCCACCUUAUCUACUGGGCAACAUCCCCACCUUAUCCACUGGGAUAACGCCCUCACCUUCUCUACAGGGGCAACACCCCCACCUUAUCUACUGGGACAACACCCCCACCUUAUCUACCGGGGUAACACCCUCACCUUAUCUUCUGGGACAACACCCUCAUCUUCUCUACUGGGGCAACACCCCCAUCUUAUCUACAGGGGCAACACCCUCCCCUUAUCUACUGGGGUAACACCCUCACCUUAUCUACUGGGGCAACACCCUCACCUUCUCUACUGGGGCAGCGGCCUAACCUUCUCUGCUGGAGCAAUACCCCUACCUUAUCUACUGGGGCAACACCCUCAUCUUCUCUACAGGGGCAACACCCCCGCCUCAUCUACUGGGACAACCCCCUCACAUUCUCUACUGGAGCAACAGCCUAACCUUCUCUACUGGAGCAACACCCUCACCUUCUCUGCCGGGACAACACCCUUACCUUCUCUACUGGUAGAACGCCCUCACCUUCUGUACUGGGACAACACCCUCACCUCCUCUACUGGGACAACACCCCCACCUUAUCUACUGGAGCAACACCCUCAUCUUUUUUGCUGGGGCAAUACCCCAACCUUCUCUACUGGAUCAACACCCUCACCUUCUCUACUGGGCAACACCCUCACCUUCUCUACUGGGGCAACGCCCUCACCUUCUCUACUGGGACAACACCCUCACCUCCUCUACUGGGACAACACCCCCACCUUAUCUACUGGGGCAACACCCUCACCUUUCUACUGGGGCAACACCCUCAACCUUCUCUACUGGGACAACACCCUCACCUUCUCUACUGGGGCAACACCCCUCACCUUCUCUACUGGGACAACACCCUCACCUUCUCUACUGGGACAACGCCCUCACCUUCUCUACAGGGGCAACACCCCACCUUAUCUACUGGGACAACACCCCACCUUAUCUACUGGACAACACCCUCACCUUCUCUACUGGGACACGCCUCACCUUCUCUACUGGGGCAACACCCUCACCUUAUCUACUGGGGCAACACCCCCCUACCUUAUCUACUGGGACAACCCACCCUCACCUUCUCUACUGGGACAACACCCUCAUCUUCUCUACUGGGGCAACACCCCCACCUUCUCAUCUACUGGGCAACACCCUCACCUUCUCUACUGGGGGGCAACACCCUCACCUCAUCUACUGGGGCAACACCCUCACCUUCUCUACUGGGACAACGCCCUCACCUCUCUCUACCUCUCUACUGGGGCAACACCCUCACCUCCUCUACUGGAGCAACACCCUCACCUUCUCUACUGGGACAACACCCUCACCUUCUCUACUGGAGCAACACCCUCACCUUCUCUGCUGGGGCAACACCCCUCACCUUCUCUACUGGGACAACGCCCUCACCUUCUCUACUGGAGCAACACCCUCACCUUCUCUGCCACCCCUGCACCCUGGGGCAGCACACUUCUCACGACACCCUCACCUUAUCUACUGGAGCAACACCUCACCUUCCCUCACCUUUCUACUGGGGCAACACCCCUCACCUUAUCUACUGGGACAACGCCCUCACCUUCUCUACUGGGGCAACACCCCCAUCUUAUCUACUGGGACAACACCCCACCUUAUCUACUGGGACUACACCCUGAUCUUCUCUACUGGGGCAACACCCCCGCCUCAUCUACUGGGACAACACCCUCACCUUCUCUACUGGGACAACGCCCUCAUCUCCUCUACUGGAGCAACACCCUCACCUUCUCUACUGGGACAACGCCCUCAUCUCCUCUACUGGAGCAACACCCUCACCUUCUCUCCUGGCACAACGCCCUCAUCUCCUCUACUGGAGCAACACCCUCACCUUCUCUACUGGAGCAACACCCUCACCUUCUCUACUGGGGCAACACCCUCACCUUCUCUACUGGGACAACACCCUCACCUUCUCUACUGGAACAACACCCUCACCUCCUCUACUGGGACGACACCCUCACCUUCCCUACUGGAGCAGCACCCUCACCUUUUCUGCUGGGGCAAUACCCCUACCUUAUCUACUGGGACAACGCCCUCACCUUCUCUACAUGGGAAACACCCCCAUCUUAUCUACUGGGACAACACCCCCACCUUAUCUACUGGGACUACACCCUGAUCUUCUCUACUGGGGCAACACCCCCGCCUCAUCUACUGGGACAACCCCCUCACCUUCUCUACUGGAGCUACACCCUCACCUUCUCUGCUGGGGCAAUACCCCUACUUUACCUACUGGGACAACACCCUCACCUUCUCUACUGGGGCAACACCCUCACUUUCUCUACUGGAGCAAGAUCCCCGCCUUCUCUACUGAGACAGCAACCCCGAUUUCAUUAUUGGAUAAAAGUCCCCUUUAUCCCCCGGCAAACCUUCUCAACGAUUUUCAUCGUCUUUGAAUUAUGCAAAUUAUGCCAGAGUAACUAG